AUGCAUUUUUGGAUGAAGCUGGCACUGGCUGCUCUCCCAGUGACGGUGCAAUCUGUUGUGGGACAGCAUGUAGUUGACCUCACUGGCGAUGGCUGGACGGUCAGCAGCAAGGCUUUGAAUCUUUCGGUUCCGGGCCAUUUACCCUCGCAAGCACAUCUGGAUCUUUAUGCUGCUAAUGUUAUUGAUGAUCCAUACUAUGGUCUGAAUGAUUUCGACUUGCGUUGGAUCCCAGAUAACAAUUGGACAUACACAAGUCAUCCUUUGGGUGGAUUAUCCACCAACUCCAAAGCAUCGUGGCUUGUUUUUAACGGCCUGGAUACCUUUACCACAAUUGAGCUGUGCGGCCAAUUUGUCGGUACUACUGACAACCAGUUUCGUCAGUAUACCUUCGACGUCACUAAAAUCCUCAACAACUGCAAGAGCAAACCCGCUUUGUCGCUCAACUUCGGCAGCGCACCGAAAAUUGCCAAUGAGAUUGCUAAGAAUCCCGACUCCGAAAAGUGGCCCUAUGGUCCCCAACAGUUAUACGAGUUCCCGAACCGUUGGUAUAUUCGCAAAGAACAAUCAGACUUUGGCUGGGACUGGGGUCCAGCCUUUGCUCCAGCUGGCCCAUGGAGAGAUGCAUAUCUCGUACAAUUUGACCGCGAAGAGAGUGUUUAUGUCCUCAACACCGAUCUCGAUAUUUUCCGUCAAGGACAGAUUAACCAUCUUGCUCCGGAUCAGGGCAAACCUUGGGUUGUGAAUGCCAGCAUUGACUUCCUUGGGUCACUUCCAAGCCACCCUUCAAUGCACAUUGAGAUCAAGGAGGUCGAAUCAGGAAAGGUUAUCAAGUCCGGGGCCCUCGAAAAUGUCUAUACCUCCGGUCAAAGCAUCACAGGAAGUAUCACUGUCAGUGCUGAUGCGCCCAACCUCUGGUGGCCAACCGGCAUGGGCAAGCAGAAUCUCUACUAUGCUACCAUCACAAUCAAUGGCGAACAGGAAACCUUCGCCAGUGUCACCAAGCGUACCGGAUUCCGCACAAUCUUCCUCAACCGCCUUAACAUCACAGAUGAACAAUUAGCUCAAGGGAUCGCACCGGGCGCGAAUUGGCACUUCGAAAUAAAUGGCCAAGAAUUCUAUGCCAAGGGCUCAAACUUUAUCCCACCAGACGCUUUCUGGCCUAGAGUCACCGAAGAGAAAAUGCAACGACUUUUUGAUGCAGUUGUUGCCGGAAAUCAAAACAUGCUUCGAGUAUGGGCAUCCGGUGCCUACUCACCAGACUUUAUCUACGACAUUGCCGACGAGCGCGGUAUCCUCCUCUGGAGCGAGUUCCAAUUCAGUGACGCCAUGUACCCCGUCAACGAAAGCUUCCUAGAAGAUGUCGCAGCCGAGGUCUCUUACAACGUGAGACGAGUGAACCAUCAUCCUUCCCUCGCCCUGUGGGCCGGCGGGAAUGAGAUCGAAAGUCUCGAACUCCCUCUCAUCCAGGAGGCAGAUCCAAACCACUACUCCUACUGGGUCGGACAAUAUGAGCAGCUCUUCAUCAGCUUAAUUCUUCCACUCGUCUACGAGAACUCGCGUUCGAUUUCUUACAUGCCAAGCAGCACAAACAACGGCUACUUGUAUGUCAAUCUCUCGGCAACGGUGCCAAUGGCCGAACGCUACGACAAUACCACCGAUGGAGCCUAUUAUUCAGAUACAGACCAUUACAACUAUGACAGUAGUGUUGCGUUUGAUCUUAGCAGCUACCCCAUUGGCCGCUUUGCAAACGAAUUCGGCUUCCACAGCAUGCCAAGUCUGCAGACGUGGCGCCAGGCCGUCGAUGAAAAGGAUCUACACUUCAAUAGUAGCACUGUUAUGCUUCGAAACCAUCACUACCCAGCUGGUGGUACCUUUACACAAAAUUACAAGAAUUCAUCAAUGGGAAUGGCCGAAAUGACCAUGGCAGUGGAGCAAUACUAUCCCAUCCCACAUAAGGAGAAUUCUGUCGCCAAUUUCAGUGCCUGGUGCCACGCAACCCAGAUCUUCCAGGCCGACAUGUAUAAGAGUGAAAUCCAAUUCUACCGUCGUGGUAGUGGAAUGCCCGAGCGUCAGCUUGGGUCCUUGUACUGGCAACUCGAGGAUAUCUGGCAAGCUCCCACUUGGGCGGGUAUCGAGUAUGAUGGCCGGUGGAAGGUCCUUCACUACGUUGCUCGAGAUAUCUACAAACCUGUCAUCAUUGCGCCGUACUGGAAUUAUACAACCGGGGGUCUUUCCAUCUAUGUCACCUCUGAUCUAUGGGAGACUGCGCGUGGAACUGUGAACUUGACCUGGGUCGACCUAGCUGGCAAGAGCAUUCCGGGUAAUGCGAACACUCCCAUGUCGACGCAGUUCACUAUUGGUGGUCUUAACACUACCAAGAUCUUUGAGGCCAGUAUCUCGGAUCUGGAUCUUCCAGACAAUACCAAUGCUGUCCUGGUGAUGUCGGUGACGGCACAUGGUCGUCUCCCGAACAUGCAGGACGUGACUGCCUUCACACAUCAAAAUACAUUUACCCCUGUGUUCUCGAAUGAGCUUUCACUGGUUGAUCCUAAGCUUGAGAUCUCUCAUGAUGCAAAGACGGGCUUGUUUACUGUUGAGGCGAAGAAUGGCGUGUCCCUUUACACUUGGUUAGAUUAUCCGGCUGGCGUUGUUGGGUACUUCGAUGACAACUCGUUUACUCUUCUUCCUGGGGAGAAGAGACAAAUCGGUUUCACUGUACAGAAAGAUGAAACGGGUGGGAAGUGGGUUGAGGGAGUGACGGUCCAGAGUAUUUGGGAUCAGUCGACAAACUAA